CUCAAAUCCAAUCCAAACAAAAACCAAAUAUCUUCGUUUGUCUGAAUGGAGAGAAGUUCAAUGAAAGCUGAGUACGAUCUUGAUCAUCUUCCUCAUCAAAGCUUUUAUGGAGAUUAUUCAAAAACUUUGGUUCCCAAGAACAAGAACUCCCAGAUCAUUACCAAGACCAAGCCUAAGAUCCGUAUCAUCCAUAUAUUUGCGCCGGAGAUUAUCAACACUGACGUCAAGAACUUCCGUACACUCGUCCAAAGUCUGACCGGAAAACCGGAGAUCACCAAAACCAGUCCUAAGAAAAAGACAAAUAUUCCUGCGCCACAGCCUCCACCUCAAGAAUCCGGCCAAGAACAUACGGCGGGGCUGGUCAACAGUAUCAUAGGGAGCCACAUGGUGAAAGAAGAAUGGGGAUCAGGUUCGAACACAAACACUUACUUUGAUUUAGAUAGUUUGAUUGAUCUUGACGAAGACGACAACAUAUUCUCAAGUCGAUGGUUUGAUGUUCAAGUGCAAAAACUAAAGUGAUCACACUUUGCCCUAAUAUUUAGGGUUUCUACUAAAAUUGUGAUUCCUAUUGGUUAUUGGGAUGUAAGAAGACAUGGUUGAGACAUUGACCAUCGUGACUCCCAAAUUGAGACAACGAUCAUUGUACCGGCUGGUACGGGCUAUAUACAUAAUUUGUAUAUAUAUAUUUUACAAAUGUUUGGAUUUUUUUGGGUGCCAUUUGAUAUAACUUGGUAGACUGCCUUUGCCAAGAAAGAGUGUGUAUUGAAGAGUUUAACUUAGUGGACUGAUUUUGCCAUGAGAAGUAAGUUUGAGUUUAUGUAAAAACUCAGCUUAAAAUUGGUGUAACACGUUGUACUCACACAUGCGUGUAUUUAUUCUUUUUGAUGUAUUUGUGAUUGACUUUUGUGUUGCACAAGUUUAUAUAUAUGAAAA